ACCGGCUUCCUGGAGGCCAUGAAGGACCUGGCCUGGGACUGCCUGGUGUUCCACGACGUGGACCACAUCCCCGAGAACGACCGCAACUACUACGGCUGCGGGCAGAUGCCACGCCACUUUGCCGCCAAGCUCGACAAAUACAUGUACAUACUCCCUUAUAGAGAGUUCUUCGGUGGCGUAAGUGGACUCACGGUGGAGCAGUUUUGCAAGAUCAAUGGCUUCCCCAUUGCAUUCUGGGGCUGGGGUGGAGAGGACGAUGACCUGGAACGCUGUUCUGUGCGGUUCGGUUGCCGUGUAAACCUCAGUGAGGCCAACUCUGCUGGUGCAGAUGACGUAUUACGAAGCUGCAACGUACAUAAGGCUGGGCGACGCCGAAAAAUAUAAAAAACGUUCCUCUUAAAAGCAGACUAUAAAUGACUUCUUCAAAUUUUUUUGGCUGCGUGCCUCAGGUUAAGAUGUUGCAUUUGGUUGCCACAGACUUUAGGCAAUCUCUAAACCAGACAGU